CUGUUAUGGGCUAUACUGGCUAUCUUUGUUGACGACGAUGAUGAUGCUGCUAACGUGACCUCUCCUCCAAUGUGACCUCUACUACACAGACCUCUCCUCCACCGUGAUCUCUCCUCCACCGUGACCUCUACUACACAGACCUCUCCUCCACCAUGACCUCUCCACCGUGAACUCUACUACACUGACCUCUCCUCCACCGUGACCUCUCCUCCACCGUGACCUCUAGUACACAGACCUCUCCUCCACCGUGACCUCUCCUCCACCGUGACCUCUACUGCACUGACCUCUCCUCCACCGUGACCUCUACUACACUGACCUCUCCUCCACCGUGCCCUCUACUACACAAACUUCUCCUCCACCGUGACCUCUACUGCACUGACCUCUCCUCCACCGUGACCUCUACUACACUGACCUCUCCUCCACCGUGCCCUCUACUACACAAACCUCUCCUCCACUGUGACCUCUACUACACUGACCUCUCCUCCACCGUGACCUCUACUACACAAACUUCUCCACCGUGACCUCUACUGCACUGAUCUCUCCUCCACCGUGACCUCUAAUACACAGACCUCUCCUCCACCGUGACCUCUACUGCACUGACCUCUCCUCCACCGUGACCUCUCCUCCACCGUGAACUCUACUACACCGUGAACUCUACUACACAGACCUCUCCUCCACCAUGACCUCUCCUCCACCGUGACCUCUACUACACAGACCUCUCCUCCACCGUGACCUCUCCUCCACCGUGACCUCUACUACACUGACCUCUCCUCCACCGUGCCCUCUACUACACAAACCUCUCCUCCACUGUGACCUCUACUACACUGACCUCUCCUCCACCGUGACCUCUACUGCACAGACUUCUCCACCGUGACCUCUCCUCCACCGUGACCUCUCCUCCACCGUGACCUCUCCUCCACCGUGACCUCUCCUCCACCGUGACCGCUCCUCCACCGUCCGCUGUCGCCCGGCGUCGCCUUCCAUACGCUGGAAAACGCCCACAGCCAAUCAGCGCCGAGCAGUGACGUCACCCGGGAGGGAGGCCCCAAGGCCCUCGGAUAGAUCGCAGUGUUAUACAGUCGCGCACGCCGAGCGUUAACAACAACAACAAUCUGCAACAACAGUCUACAACAUCAACAGCGAGAACGAAGUGGUGACAAUUAAGAGUGGCGGUGUCCCUAUGACCGUCGUCCCGCGAUCGUCAACAUCAGAAUAAUAAACAAAGACGGUGUGGCCAUGUGGUCGCUGGCGAGGCCGCGCGGCGCGCUGCUCCUGCGGCCGCUGCCGCGCGCCGCGAGGGGCUGGGACCGCGAGCAGAGGCGGCACCGCGUCAAGAGCAAGUGGGCCACGACGAGGUCCAAGGUGCCCAACACGCAGGCGGCCCUACAGCUCAUGGAUGCGACCUACGGGCUGCAGCUGGGCCACAUGUGGGAGUCGGUGCGCCUGGCGCUGCUGUGCGAGCGCAAAUACGGGGCCCUCGUCAACGCUUGGGCCGACUCGGACGGCACCGGCGGCGAGCUGCGGCGCCUUGGCGCGGUCGACCUGGUGCGGGACGUGGUGACGAGGAGCCUUGCCGGGCGAGACGCCGGGGAGGCCCGACGGGUCUCGGAGCCGACUGCGGAGAGGCCGCUUGAUGAACGCGGCCGAGAGAGUCGCGGAGGAGACGGUGCUCCGUGUCCAUCUGAUCCACCGGAUCAUGAAGGGGGCGAGCUGGGAAAGUCCUUGAUGCUGGAGAGCAGCGUUUUGUCCACCCUCAGGCUGAGCCCCAACAUCAGAUGCUUCACUUUUCCCCGCGGCGAUAUUUCCCGGUUCCCACAGCCUUGGCCCGCAGGAGCGCUGCGGCUGCUGAGCCACUACCUCCUGGACGCGGCAUCCCUGCUGCCCGUGCUGGCGCUGGACGUGCAGCUGGGACACCGCGUGCUCGACCUGUGUGCCGCUCCAGGCGGCAAAACCCUCGCGCUGCUGCAGACGGCGUGCUGCGACCAGCUGACUUCCAACGACGUGUCGGCGUCGCGCACCGGCCGCCUGCAGCGCGUGCUGCGCACCUACGUCCCGCGUGACGCCGAGGAGGCCGGCGUUCCCGCGGGUGGCGUGAGUGUGAGGACGCGCGACGGCAUCUUCUGGCUCAAGUCCGCGGAGGAGCGCGGCGUGUACGACCGCGUGCUCGUCGACGCGCCCUGCACCAACGACCGCCACUCCCUGCACGAGGAGGAGAACAACAUCUUCUCUCGCUCCAGGAUGAAGGAGCGUCAGCAAUUGCCGGCGCUGCAGACCCAGCUGCUGCUGGCGGGUUUGUUGGCGUGCCGCCCGGGCGGGGUGGUGGUGUACUCCACUUGCUCCCUGUCACAGCUGCAGAACAGCUGUGUGGUGGAAGCGGCCCUCAGUCUGGCGACCACAAAUCACAACGUGGACGCGCAGGCGUGCGACCUGUCCGGCAUGCGGGCGCUCUUCUCGCACGCAUUCACCUUCCAGGAGGAGGAGGACCGUUUUGGCGAGACGGUGAUUCCGCACGUUGCCGCAAACUUUGGGCCCAUUUACGUCAGCAAAAUUGUGCGUCUCUCGUGAGGCACGGGCCACGGAUCCGGAGCUCCUCUGCAGCUGAGCUGGGACUGCGUUUCCCCUCCAUUGCCCCUGGGUCUGCACUCUGGGUAGAGGUGAUUCUCGGAGACACUGAUGGCGCGUCUCAAAACCCAUGGUGUUUGAGAAAAGGGAGUCAACCCAUAGGGUGACUUGGACACAAUGUGCAGCGCUAACUUUUGGGGACUUGUGUCAAAAUUGGCCAAACAUUUUUUGUCAUUAUCUUUUGAUAUAAACGUCUCAUGUAUGAUGAAUAUAGUACAACUUGAAGUAUCGAAAUAUUUAUAUAUUGUGAUCCUAAGGUGACAUCUACGUUGAACUAUGUUUUUACUACAGGUAUUUUAAAAAAUAUAUCAUUGUAACUAUAUGGAUAAGAGCCUUAACGUGUCUAUGUUGAAAAUAUCACAUUCUCAAAAAACUAGUCAUGAAACUGAAAUGCGAGAUGUGUGUCGUGUGAUGCGUAUUGUGUUUAAAAUGCGUUUUUUCUCACAGAAAAUACAGAUCUAAUUUACAAAACUC